CCCCGUCCUCGUCGUCUUUCUUGUCGAGCUCGCUGUGCAGCGCAUACACUCCUCACAGUCAGCGACCACAACAGCCACCGUCUCCCCUUUCCUAUCCAGCCCUUCCUCAUCUCAUUAAUGACCUGCACCUCCUGCUGAUUUACUCUGCAAUUGUCUCGGUCUUUGCAGCGCAUCUCAUACCGUAUCCGACACCCUCGGCGGCACUUUACCCAUCUGUUUACCUAGUAAAAGCUUGGCUACGGCAUCUCUCGCCCGUUCAAGCAUCCUGUCGAUGACCCAAUGACCUCCCUCUUCUCCUCAUCCUCGUCGAACCACCCGGUUAACCACGACUCCGUGCCGCAGCAUCACCGGCGCCUCUCUCUCAUAACUUCCAUCAGCAGAGAAAAAUCGCGCCUCUCACCCUUACCAUCUUAUGUCGACCUCAUCGAACAGAAGCAGGCCCUCGUGGCGCGCAACCACGGUUGGACGACGACGGUCUUCGUACCCUCCCCCUUCCCCCUCUCUACCCUCUUCCCAAACCCGUUUCGACGUGGCUCUCCUCGAGGUAGCCCGAGAUCCAGACCAGUUGGAUCUCUCUCAGCAACACCUCCACCACCACCCCGACGACGAUGUCGCGUUACGCUCCCAAUCCCUCCCCGGAUAUGGAACUUUUGCGGCAACGUACUGCGCCUUCCGCUCUUCCGUAGGCGCAGAACGUCGACACUUGCCCUACUUGCCUUAGUAGCGCUUGUCUGGCUUAUAUUUACAUUGAGCAGACGAUUGGACAUCGGCCAUGUUGACACACAGUGGUACGGUGACCCCCCGACGCUUGUGUACAGUCGGGACGAUCUGAGGAAGAUCUGGUUGUGGGAGAUCGCCAGCGGGCACUAUCCCAGUGGGCGAAAAAUUCCCGACCAGAUUGGCGUUCCCCCGCGUUUCCCCAACCCCGGACUGCCUCCAGCGCCCGCAGCUUUCCACCCUUUCUCCCCUGAUGCGCACCCUGGUGUCGGAAACCUUCGUAAAUACCCUGACAUUCGGGCGCCCGUGCCGGACGUCGCAUACCCACCCCGUCCACCACCCGGCAGCGUUGCCGACCUUGACAUGGUUAUGCAACAUUGUGAUUUCUCCACGCACAAGUAUGUUCGGGAUUGUUUAGAAGUCUUGAGGCUUGGGGCUGGAGUAGACAACAACAAGCGCGUACGGCGAGCAAGGCUAGACGAAUGGAGGUACAUCUACACCGAGCACGCAGACAACGGCACCACACCAUCCAGCUCACAGAACCCCAACGCUCAACGCAAUGUGAAGCCAGAAACUAUGCAGGAGAAGGCAGCGAUGCUCAAGAGACAACAGGAGGAAUCGCUCGGAACCGGCGCCGUCGAUUUAGAUCCGUCACUCUCGUACCAACAAGCGGUGGCGAGCACCUACGAGUCCGAUUUCACGUUUGCUCGACACGGACCCCUCGAGCCGCAUCUUUCCCUUCCUCCGCCUCUUACCGUUCGACGUCCGCCUGCCUUUGACCCAGAAGACGCAAGCGCUGUACCGGAUCCUUGCGACCCCGAUCAUCCUCGCAUAUACCACAUGUUCUGGGCUGGGCCGUUCACUGACAAGCCAUAUCUUGCGUUGCUCUCGUUCCUCUUCACUCAGAACCUCGGUUUACACAUGCCUCGCGAAGAAGCGACCGACUAUUUCCGUAGCCAUGGUAUCUGUCGGCCUCAGUUUUGGCUCUGGAUCAACCCUGCUGCUGCAGCUGCGGUCCCCAGCUUAACUGCAGAAAGGGACAUGUACGAGACUCUUCGUGCUAACCCGUGGUCGAGUCCUUUCUUGCACGAGCGCUUCCAAGACGUCAUCAAGUUCAAGCUUUGGAACACGACCGAGCAGCUGGAUGGCGUCCCUGAGUUGAAGGAAGAAUGGCGCGAUAGCGUAGACACGCUGUUCAAUUCUGGCGGUGUGAAGUACAACCACCCGAAAGCUGCAGCACCGGGUGCGCAGAGGAACGUUUCUGCUGCCGUGAACGGGACUACGUCCGCGUCCGAAGAGGCCGAGCGCAAGGGCGGGGAUGACGACUUGUUCAACCGUGUCGGGUCAGACAGCGUCAGCAGCUAUGACCGUCUCUCUGUCGUUCUUUCUGACAUGGCUCGCUUUGUUCUUUGCCACCGUUUUGGCGGUACGUAUCUUGAUGCGGACACCAUUCUCUUGCGCGACUGGGAAGAGCUGUGGGGUUGGAAAGGCGCGUUCGCAUAUCGCUGGUCUCGACUGGAGAAGUACAAUACCGCUGUCCUCAGGAUGAACAAAGGUUCUGCAUUAGGAUCCUUCCUCUUCCGAACUGCCCUUAGAAAUGGACUCGACUUCCACCCGAUGACCGUCAGCAGAUAUACGAAAGAGGCCCAUCUAGAAGGCCUGCUGCUCAGGUUGCCUGAUGCCUUGUUCGACCCGGCAUGGCUGAACACGGAAAACUACCAGCGUGAUAGACCGCCGUUCCCAUACUUUACAGAGUUCAGGGACUUCUUUGAUAACCCUGCUCAGUCCAGUGGUGCACCACAGGCACUUGGAUUUGACGGCUUCUUCAAGGGCGCAUACUCCUAUCAUUUCCAUAACUUCUGGUGGAUACCUUUUGACCCAUCCCGCAACUGGCCUGAUCUGGGUCCUCGCUUCAUCGAGGGCGAGCGGAAUGCCCGUAUCAAGGCACAAAGCGCGCUUAAGCCGGGACAUGGCAAGUCCUCCGGCUAUGACAGUGCUAAGCCAACGCUGCCGCCUGAGUCUGGCGUAUCUCCCUUGCAGGAACACGAGGAUGCACUAUUUAAGGAGGAGCUGGUGACGGAUGAUGUGCGGGAUCUCCCUUGGGCAACAGUACUAAAGCGAACGUUUGAGAGCUUUGUCAGGGGCGAGCGGCCAAACAUGUAUGGCGAGUGGAUUAUGUGGUAACGGAUGGUGAUUAUAUUGUAUCUGCGUGCCAUGGCGUCAUGCGAUUUCUCUUGUGUCUCCAUACCAUUCAUUCCCCCCAUCCUUCGCCUUCGUCUCGGACCUAGCUCAUGACGCGAUGCUCCCAACGACUAUUCCCUUGCAUGAUCCUCUCCCGUUUCGUACCUCUGGUCCCCUUCGCGCACUUGUUCCCCCAUUCCUACCUUCCGUUCCCCCUUGUCAUCCCUUAUCGACGUCGUAUAAUUCAAGUAGCUUCAUCGGGUCCGUACAAUCUCUCUUGAAUAUUAU